AUGACGUGGAUUCUUCUCUACUUCAUGGUCUCAGGUACCAGCUCCCUGGUGGUAGUUCACCAGCCCCCUGUGUUUGCCGCCGCUCUGGGUAAUGAUGUUACCAUGCAGUGUCAGCUCCAGCUUUCCCAUGAUGAGAAGAUGCUGACUGUACCGGUUCUGUAUUGGUUGCGCUUAACACCGGGCCGUGAAAAUCCCAGACUGUGGAGCCCCUCGGCCUCAUAUGAGGAACGUGUAGCUCUUCUGGACAAAAACCCAGACUCUACAAACAAGUCCAUACUUCUCAGAAAUGUCCAGUGGGCAGAUAGUGGGAAGUAUCUGUGUAAACUCUCCAUCACCACAGAGAAGCAUAAAAGUUUUAGGAGGACUGGAAAUGAAACAUUACUGAUUGUUCAUGACACCAUGAACUUUAACCUCACCAGUCACAAUGACUCUCUGCUCCGGUGUGAAGUAAACGUGUCUCUGCAAUCUGGAUUGGUUUUGUCCAUUUUUCAUGAUGGAUGCAAAGCGCAGCCUGUCGAUCCCGCUCAGGGGGAUGCUGAUGCAGCUCUGCCCUUCGUCACACUCUCUGAGACUAUUUCUCUGAAUGGCAGCGGUAAAUAUGAGUGUCAGCUGCACCUGAAUGAAGAUCUGAUAAUGAAAAGCACCUUCCACUACCUUCCACCUGUGGCGGUACAAGGCGGAGACGCUAGAAAAAAUCUUAUGACAACACGUCCGACAAUCACCUCUGAUGUGGUGGUGUAUCCUGAGCCAUGGCUGCUGUAUGUGUCUCUCCUUCUGGUUCCCAUCACCAUCCUGCUGGGCCUGGUAACCGCCCUGCUGAUGUACAGAUCCUAAUUUUGGCAGAAAUUUGGCAGAAAUGGCAACA